AUGAUCAGGUUACCAACGAAUGAUCUUAUUGCUACUUUGUUGGUCCGGGUCAACAACGAGCGGUUUACUUAUGGAUUACCUGCCAUAUGCUCGAACAAGAAACUGCAGGCUGCAGCACAGCGUCAUGUCGAGGACCUGUCGAAGUCUGAUUUUGUGUCGGACGUUGGUACCGACAACUCGACCCCUCAAAAGCGUGUUACCGACGCUGGUUACAAGUGGUUAAGUGUCAAAAGCGUGUUACCGACGCUGGUUACAAGUGGUUAA